AUGUAUAAAUCAUAUAAUGAAACUGUUGAAAUGACAAAUAAAUUCAUUGAACAAGGGAUUGUAAAAACAAGAGAAGAAAUUAGAAAUUUAAUUGGUUCAUUUAUAGAACCAACAAAUUUAACAUACCAUUCUAAUAAUCAAAUAUAUGAAAUAUUUAAACAACUUCAUAAUCAAUAUCCUAAAUUAACAAAACUUGAUGUUAUUGGAAAAAGUGUUAAAGGACAAGAUUUAUUUGUUAUUGUUAUAUCAAAAUAUCCAAAUUAUCAUGAACCUGGAGUACCAGAAAUAAAAUAUGUUGCGAAUAUGCAUGGUAAUGAAGUUACUGGUAGAGAAUUACUUCUCGAAUUUGCUAAAGCUCUUCUAAUUAAUUAUGGUAAAAAUUUAUACAUAACAAAUCUUGUUGAUACAACAAGAAUUCAUAUUAUGCCAACAAUGAAUCCUGAUGGUUUUGAUAAAUCACAAAUGGGUUUAUUUAAUGUUAAUGAUGAUGGUUUUAUUAAUGGUAGAGAAAAUGCCAAUAAUGUUGAUUUGAAUAGAAAUUUUCCAUCUAGAAAUAAGAUUUAUCGUAAUUAUAAAAUAGAACCUGAAACACAAGCAAUCAUAGAUUGGACAUUAAAAAAUCCUUUUGUUAUAUCAGCAAAUUUUCAUGGUGGUACAAGAGUAGUAAAUUAUCCAUUUGAUGAUGAUGAGAAUCCCUAUACUGAUCAUGGAAUUUUUUCAAAAACAAAUGAUCAUGAAAUAUUUGUAAAACUUGCCUAUACAUAUGCACGUAGUCAUUCAGAAAUGUGGAAAGAAGGUGGAAGAUGUGAAGAUCCAGCAUUUAAUGAUCCAUCAGAUACAUCAUUAGGUAUUGUAAAUGGAGCAGAAUGGUAUGAAGUACAUGGAGGUAUGCAAGAUUGGAAUUACAAUUUUGCUAAUUGUUUUGAAGUAACUGUUGAAGUUAAUUGUAUUAAAUAUCCUCCACAGGAUCAUUUAAAAGGAAUAUGGGAUGAUAACAAAUAUUCUCUUUUUUCAUAUCUUUCACAGGUACAUAAUACAAUUCAUGGAUUUGUUUUUGAUGAAGUAACUGGUAAACCAAUAGAAGGUGCUACUGUUGGUAUUAAUGAUAUGACAAAAAUUGUACAAACAUAUAUAUAUGGAGAUUAUUGGAGAUUAGUUAAUCCUGGUACUUAUCAAAUUACAUUUGAUCAUCCUUUAUAUGAUACACUUGUAAAACAAGUUACAAUAACACCAGAAGAUCCUCAAAAAUAUGUUAAUGUUUCAAUGACACCAAUAAAAAAUGGUAAAAUAAAGAUGAAAGAUGAGGUAUUGGGUGAUAAAAAUUCAUCAGAUACAAUUUUAUCAAAAAAUAGAUUUUAUGUGAAUAAUGGUGGUUUUAAAUUUCAAAAUAUUUCCACCAAAAUUCAUUUGAUCUCUUUCUUGAUCUUGUCAUAUAUAUUGAGCAAUUAA